AAUUAGAGUCAGAAGUACGCAUCAGAAUCUGACAGUAUCACAGCAAGAAGAGAAGAGAUGGAAGGCGUAGAACACAGAACGGUGGAAGUGAAUGGCAUAAAAAUGCAUGUAGCAGAGAAAGGAGAGGGUCCUGUGGUCUUGUUCCUCCAUGGCUUCCCCGAGCUCUGGUACUCCUGGCGCCACCAGAUUCUCGCUCUCAGCUCCCGAGGCUACCGCGCCGUUGCCCCUGAUCUACGGGGCUACGGUGACACUGAGGCACCAGCUUCAAUCAGCAGCUACACCAUCAUGCACCUCGUGGGUGACAUCGUGGCACUCAUAGACUCACUUGGUGUGGAUCAAGUCUUCCUCGUUGCCCAUGAUUGGGGAGCUAUCGUAGGAUGGUACGUAUGUUUGUUUCGACCAGAUAGAAUCAAGGCCUACGUUUGCCUCAGCGUCCCUUUCAUGCCCAGAAACCCAAAAGUCAGGCCCGUUGAUGCUAUGCGGGCCCUCUAUGGGGAUGACUACUACAUCUGCAGAUUCCAGGAGCCAGGCAAAGCGGAAGCUCUGUAUGGCGGUAAUAACAUUGGAGAAGUAAUAAAGGGUAUGCUUACAAGUCGGAGAUCUGGACCACCAAUCCUCCCCAAAGAAGGGGUUGCCCUUCCUUCAGGGUCCCUUCCCUCAAGAUCCCUUCCAUCUUGGCUCUCAGAGGAAGAUGUCAGUUAUUAUGCUUCUAAAUUUUCAAAAACAGGCCUAACUGGGGGCCUCAACUACUACAGAAAUCUCAACCUCAAUUGGGAGCUCACAGCAGCAUGGACUGGAACAAAAGUGAAAGUUCCAGUGAAGUUCAUUACUGGUGAAUUGGAUGUAGUAUACACCUCACUAGGGACGAAAGACUACAUAGACAGUGGUGCUUUCAAGCGAGAUGUGCCAUACUUGGAGGAAGUGGUUGUGCAGGAAGGGGUUGCUCACUUCAACAACCAAGAAGCUGCAGAGGAUAUCAGCAAUCACAUUUAUGAUUUUAUCAACAAGUUCUGAUGUUUUCAGCUUUGCUAAUGAACUUUGAGUUAGUUCAGUUAAAUAAUUUGGUCACUGUUGAUCUAUGUUACUGGCUGGUUUUAUAAUCAUAUGAUUGUGCCGUUACAAAAGCAUGUUUCCGUUAGAAUAAUAUAUGUAGUUUGCUGCUACAUAAAGUGUAAUCCUUCUAUUCCCGAAGCUUAGUGGAAGGUUGGCUCUGUUCUUUUGCAU